AUGCAGUACCGACGAAUACUGAGUGUGGCCUUGGCCCUGUUGGGGUCCUCUGUGGCCUACAAGUCUCGCAGCUUCAACAGCAUUGACGCCGAGGAUGCUGGAAACCCCAUCCGCAAGGUAGUCACCAUGAUGGAGAAAAUGGGUAAGAAGAUCGAAGAAGAGGGCAAACACGAAGAAGACCUCUAUGACAAGUUUAAGUGCUACUGCAAGAAGACGAUGAGUGAGCUCGAGGCGAGCAUCCAGCAGCAGGAGUACAACCCCGUGACCCCGGCCGACAUCGAGGGCCGUGAGGCCGAGAUCAGCGCCCUCGAGCAAGAG